UGCAGUACUUGGUUGAAUUGCGUUAUUGCUCUGUUAAGAUGGCAUUGAAAGUAUUAGUAGGCCAGAAAAUCAUGAACGAGGUGGUCAAGUACAAACCGCCACCACCGAAGAAACAUGGUGCUCCAUUGGCUGUCAAAAAUGGAGCUGGUGGCAUGGAAUGGCGGGUGUUGGUGGUGGAUAAGCUGGGCAUGCGAAUGGUUUCCGCCUGCACCAAGAUGCAUGAGAUUAGUGCUGAGGGUAUUACUUUGGUAGAGGACAUCAACAAGAAACGUGAGCCAUUACCCACCAUGGAUGCGAUAUAUUUAAUUACCCCAUCGGAUGAUUCUGUUCGUGCAUUGAUACGGGAUUUUGAGAAUCCUGCGCGCCCCAUGUACCGCUUUGCGCAUGUGUUCUUCACCGAGGUUUGCCCGGAGGAAUUGUUUAACGAUUUGUGUAAAUCGUGCGCUGCAAGAAAGAUCAAAACUCUAAAGGAGAUUAAUAUUGCAUUUCUACCUUACGAAUGCCAGGUCUAUUCGCUGGACUCACCGGACACGUUCCAGUGCUUAUAUUCACCGGCAUUUUCUUCCAUUCGAAACAAGCACAUCGAGCGCAUUGCCGAGCAAAUUGCCACAUUGUGUGCAACUUUGGGCGAAUAUCCUAACGUUCGCUACAGGAGCGACUGGGAUCGAAAUAUCGAUCUGGCUGCUUCGAUUCAGCAAAAACUGGACGCCUACAAGGCUGACGAGCCGACCAUGGGCGAAGGGCCGGAAAAAGCACGUUCCCAAUUGCUUAUUUUGGAUCGUGGCUUCGAUUGUGUGUCACCGUUUUUACAUGAGCUUACACUUCAGGCUAUGGCCUAUGAUUUACUACCAAUUGUUAACGAUGUGUACCGCUAUACUCCAGGACCCAACCAACCUGAGAAGGAGGUUUUACUGGAUGAGAACGACGACUUGUGGGUAGAGUUGCGCCACGAGCAUAUUGCAGUCGUGUCAACACAGGUUACGCAGAAUUUGAAAAAGUUUACCGACUCAAAGCGGAUGAGUUCCACUGAUAAGUCCUCAAUGCGCGAUUUAUCUCAAAUGAUCAAAAAGAUGCCGCAAUAUCAAAAGGAGCUGUCAAAGUACUCAACUCAUUUGCAUUUGGCCGAGGACUGCAUGAAAUCCUAUCAAAACUAUGUGGACAAGCUAUGUCGUGUUGAACAAGACUUGGCGAUGGGUACUGAUGCCGAGGGCGAAAAAAUUAAGGACCAUAUGCGGAAUAUUGUGCCCAUAUUAUUGGAUGCGAAUGUUUCUAACUACGAUAAAGUUCGCAUAAUUGCCCUUUAUGUGAUGAUCAAAAAUGGGAUUUCGGAGGAAAAUUUGACUAAACUCUUCACGCAUGCCCAGUUGUCUCCGAAAGAUCAAGAUAUGAUUCGCAAUUUAAGCUACCUGGGAAUCAAUGUCAUUGCUGAUUCUCGCAAAAAGGUAUAUUCAGUGCCGCGCAAAGAACGAAUAACCGAAAGCACCUAUCAGAUGUCUCGUUGGACGCCCGUAAUCAAGGACAUAAUGGAGGAUUGCAUUGAGGAUAAGCUCGAUCAACGACAUUUCCCCUUUCUUGAAGGUAGGGCACAAAAUACGAACUAUCAUGCGCCUACUAGUGCCCGUUAUGGCCAUUGGCACAAGGACAAGGCCCAGGCGCAAGUAAAAAACGUUCCCAGGCUGAUUGUAUUCAUUGUGGGUGGCAUGAGUAUGUCUGAAAUGCGGUGCGCUUAUGAAGUUACUAACUCUGUGCGUAACUGGGAGGUGCUGGUCGGAUCAUCGCACGUUCUUUCUCCUGAAAUCUUUCUCAGUGACUUGGGAAGUCUUUCUAAGGAAGAUUAAAUUUAAAAUAAAGUGUUUUGUUUCGCACUCUUUAAA